AUGCAUCCAGCAUUUGAAAGUGCCGGCAUUAGCAAGGGUCUGGAAGUGUGGCGAAUCGAGAACUUCGAACCAGUGCCGGUACCGGUGAAGGAGCACGGGAAAUUCUACACCGGUGAUUCCUACAUCGUGCUCAACACGAACGAAUCGAAGAGUGGAGUGCUGUCGUGGGACAUCCACUUCUGGCUCGGGUUGGAAACAUCGCAAGAUGAGGCUGGUUCCGCUGCCAUACUGACGGUCCAGCUGGACGAUCGUCACAACGGUGCUCCGGUGCAGCACCGUGAGGUACAGGACCACGAGGGUUCCCUGUUCCUCAGCUACUUCCCCGGAGGCGUUCGAUAUGCGGCCGGGGGCGUUAAGAGCGGCUUCAACGAGGUAGAAACCAACGCCGCCGGUGAGAAACGGCUGUUCCAGGUGAAGGGUGCCAAGAACGUACGCGUGCGCCAGGUUCCAUUGGCGGUCGGGUCGAUGAACAAGGGUGACUGCUUCAUACUGGAUGCCGGAUUCGAUAUCUACGUGUAUGUGGGAUCCUCAGCGAAGCGGGUCGAGAAAAUUAAGGCCAUCAGCGCUGCUGGUCAGAUUCGCGAUCAGGACCAUGCGGGUCGUGCCAAUGUGCACAUCUUGGAUGAGUUUGCCAGUUCCUCGGAACAGCAAGAGUUCUUCGACGUACUGGGAGAAGGUUCCCCUGAGGACGUAGCGGAAGAAUCCGAGUGCGAUGAGGUGUAUGAACGAUCCGACUGUAAGGCAAUCACCCUCUACCACGUGUCGGAUGCUAGCGGAUCGCUAGAGAUCACUCCCAUCGGAGAGCGACCAUUGAAGCAGAGCAUGCUGGAUUCGAACCAGGACUGCUACAUUCUGGACACCGGAGCAGGCAGCAUUUACGUGUGGAUCGGUAAGGGCGCAACGGGUCAGGAGCGUUCGCAGGCGAUGGUUAAAGCGCAGGAGUUCAUCACCGCCAAGGGCUAUCCGGUGCAUACGGCAGUGCAUCGCGUUGUGGAGAAUGGCGAAACAACCGACUUCAAGCAGUUCUUCUCCAGCUGGCGCGAUAAGGGUCUUAACCAUGCGCAGCUUAUCAAAACCGCCAUGGGCAACGGGGACGAAUCGGAUGCCGACGCAGAGUUUGAUGCUGAAGUUUUGCACACCUUCAAGAAGAACGGUGGCCGUGCCCUUGGCUUCAUGCCGGACAAUGGUCAGGGAGCGAUCGAAAUAUGGCGCGUGCAGAACUACGACCUCGUGCCGGCGGAACCGGACGCGUUCGGAACGUUCUUCGCCGGUGAUUCCUAUCUCGUGCGGUAUGAGUACACCGUCAAGGCCGGUGGGCAAGGGUACAUCGUGUACUUCUGGCAGGGCAAGACAUCCUCCACCACGGAGAAGGGAGCCUCCGCGAUGCACGCCGUCCGCAUGGAUGACGAGCUGAACGGCAAGGCUAUUCUGGUCCGUGUCGCGCAGGGUAACGAACCGCGCCACUUUAUGAAACUGUUCAAGGGCAAGAUGGUUACCCUGCUGGGUGAUCACGACAAGCAGUCCGCGGAUGAUACGAAACUGUUCCGCGUGCGGGGCACCUGUGCGGAUGAUGUACGGGCGGAAGAAAUGACCCCGAGCGCUUCCUCCCUUGCAUCCGAUGAUGUGUUCCUGCUGAAGACAGCGGGAACCGUCUACAUCUGGCACGGUGUCGGUGCAUCCGAUCUGGAGAAGGACAUGGCGGCAAACAUUGCUGGAGUUGUUGCGCCGGACGCUAGCCCGGAAGUCAUCGCAGAAGACUCGGAACCGGAAGAGUUCUGGAACGCACUCGGUGGAAAGGAUGAAUAUGAUCGCGAGCUCGAUCCGCCAGGAGCACCCUUCUUGUCGGCCCGUUUGUUCCACUGUCGCAUUCUGUACAACAAGAAGCUGCGCGUCGAAGAAGUGCCUCACUUCGAGCAGGAAGAUCUCAACGUUGACGAUGUUAUGGUACUGGACGGAGGUGAUGAGAUCUACUGCUGGAUUGGUAAUGGAGCGACCGAGGAAGAACGCAGCAAGUCGAUCGACAUGGCCCGUCAGUACAUCCGUACCGAUCCAUCCGAACGCACGGAAGAGACGGUCCCGAUCGUUGUUCUCAAACAGGGCGCCGAACCGAGAAGCUUCAAACGCUUGUUCCCCACAUGGGACGAUGGUUUCUGGGAGUCUCAAAUGUCAUACGAAGCGUACAGGCAGCAAGCAUUGGAGCAAAACCAACCUGCUGCUUAA